AUGUCCAUUGGCUGCGGUUUUUCAAACCUCAACGAACUGUUUGCAUCCAUGGAUAUUCCGGGAAUGUCAUCGGACACUUACGCAAAAAUACAAGACAACGUUGGAGACUUUAUCAACCAAGCCGCCUGGGAUGAAAUGAAGAAGGCUGGUGCAGAAGAAGCAAGGCUGGCAAGAGAAUGUGGCGAAAUAGACAAUGAUGGCGUACCCAUGAUAACAGUCGUCGCCGAUGGUGCUUGGUCGAAGAGAUCGUACAAGAACAAGUAUGAUGCUUCCUCAGGCGUGGCUGCUAUCAUUGGACACAGAACUGGAAAAGUCCUCUACAUCGGCGUGAAAAACAAGCGCCGAGUCAAAGAGCAUCAUCCUGGUGCUGAUGUUGACUACGGUCUGCCAGACAUGGAGCCUGGAGCUUUGGCAACUGCUUCUGAGAACUUCGUAAAAUCGCUUUCGCUAUCAGUUACAAGCAUCGAAGACCUGCAGAGAGCAACAUCGAAGCAGAGUGGAUCUAGUCUGUGGAAACAGGAAAGGCGGAAGAGGUUGACAGCAUCAGUUUUUGGCGCUAUUUGUAAAAUGAAACCAACGACUGGAUGCGGACGCACAGUUGGAGACAUCUUGUACAAGGAAAUUAGUUCCGAAGCCAUCAGGUACGGACGGGACCACGAGUGCGUUGCCCUGAGGCAGCUUGAAAAGGAGUGCAACGUUGUUGUAAAACAGUGCGGCUUGUUCGUAGACCAGGAAAACCCCUUCCUUGGAGCUAGUCCGGACGGUCUGAUUGGGGAGGACGUCCUCGUGGAAGUGAAGUGUCCAUACUCAGCGAGGGACCUUACUCCACUAGAAGGAGUCCGAGCCAAAAAAAUAACAUACUGUACGGAAAACGAGGACGGAAAAUUGAAGCUUAAGUCCAAUAGUAACUAUUGGUAUCAAGUGCAAGGUCAGAUGAAUAUAUCUCGUCGUCAGAAAUGCCUUUUCGUGGUGUGGACAAAAAACGGCAUAAGCAUUGAGGCAAUAUCCAGAGAUGAAGUCUUUUGGAAGAAUGAGAUGUUCCCCCGGCUCAAAACAUUUUACAUGCACUGCAUGCUACCAGAGCUCGUGGACCCAAGGAGGAGCCGCGGCCUUCCAAUUCGCGAGCCUGAUCAUAUCACGGAGGCGCAAAAGAACCGUUUACUCAAGCAGGCUUUGAAGAAGACGUCUAGAAAUGGAGACUGCCAAUAA